AAUUAUAAAGAGAAGUAUCCAGAUGAUGAACCUCUUGGUGAGGAGUUGAAUGACAAUGCCCAUGUGUUCAAGGUUUAUCUGGAUGAGGCAGAGAACUUUGAUGAUGAUCUGAUGAGAGGAUUCAGAGACACAAUUGAUUCCUUGCUAGUAUUUGCAGCACUUUUCUCUGGUGUUGUAACAUCCUUUGUCAUUGCAACCAUAUCUGCCCUUCAACCAGAUUAUUCCCAAAUCACUGCAGUCUUACUGGUGGAGCAGGUUCAAAUCCUCAGAGCUGCAGGAAAUAUCACUGCCAUCAAUGCCAUUCCUAAAUCCUCUGUGGAUUUACAGAAUGCCUCAGUGGCUACUGAUGAUCUUUGGAUCAAUGGUCUAUUCCUUGCUAGCUUGUCACUAGCCUUGGUCACUGCACUCUUGUCAGUCCUUGUCAAACAGUGGCUUCAAGCUUAUAGCUCCAUUAUAGCUGGAAAUGCACAACAGAAAGCUAUGAUCCGUGAAUUCAGAUAUGCUGGACUUGUAAAAUGGAAGGUUCCAGAAAUUGUGGGAAUCCUUCCCCUGAUCCUGCAUACAUCAUUGGCUCUAUUCCUGAUAGGAUUGUCAUUGUACAUUCUAGGGCUU